CAUAACCAGGAAUAGGAUGAAGACAUGACAUUUUACACCAGAGACUACCUUUUUCCGGACCGACAAAGAAGAACCUCCUAGCUGCAAGCCAUACAGUCCGGAACACUUAACGCUCAAUGGCCUUUCCCCUCCCGCGGGGCAUCACGCCCUCGGAGAUAGCCUUUCUCGCGGAAAUGGAGAUGGUAACGAUUAUGCCACGGCAGCGUCUGGAAGGCCUUGAACUAUUAGGAGGUCCCAUAAACCCCCUCCUCCCUCCACGUCGCGCAUCUAUUCCUCUCUGGCUUGCCGUCCUCCUCAAGCGCCAACGCCGCGCGAACAUCCUCCCACCACCAUGGCUCCAUCCAGACUCCCUCUCUCUCAUCCUCGAUUUAGAGACUCGACAUCAAGAGUAUGAAAACGCCUUCUCACCUCCCCCGCCCCUACCUGGACAACCUAGUCUCCGUGGCCGAGAUCCAGCACAGUCGGCCUUAACAAAACCCCGAUAUACAUUGGAUGGAGAACGAUACUUUCCCUCGCCUCCAUUCUUACCGCAAAAUGAUGCAUCGCAGCAACAGACAGCUGUAUCUUCAGAUGAGCCGCCGUCACUCCCGUACCAUUGGUUAGAAGUGGGGAAUAUAUUACUUGACGAGGCGAGUGACGAUCUCGUAGAACCAGAUCAAAUACGGAGACUGCUAAAGGAUUUGAGAGAGGUGCGGACGGCAAAGAUCAGGGCCGGCGUGGACGUUCUGGACGCUGCGUCGACCGCGGGAGGCGGCAUCGCACUUACCGGUGUUGGGGCCAUGGAGGUCGGGGAGGCAAGAGGAUUCGUAGCUGGCGUGGUGGAUGGGUUGAGGAAAAUCGGUGCAUCCAGAGAACAGGCGCGUAGGGAACAAUUGGCUGAAGAGAUGGCCAACAGAGGCUACGAUGACACGCAAGAUAAUGAAGAUUACAUGGAGUUCUAGGUGGUAUUCGGGUUUUCUUUUCUUCCCCUUCUCGUUUCCUUUUGAUCUUCAAUCCCGGAGUUCAGGAAAAAAAAGGAUACGGACCCAGGCACG